AUGUCAUCUUGGCCAGCGCUGCAGGAGCUACGCGCAGAGGGCGCGGCAUUUUUGCAGCACGUGGGCUCGGCGCUGCAUGCCGAAAAGCAAGAUGGAGCUCGAGGAUCUGCAGGACUGGGCGCGGUUCUCUUGGCGCCUCUGGAGGAUGUCAUGGUGGGUGACUUGGAAGACGUUCGCUUCAGCCGCUUGGAUCACGGCUGGUUGGCUGGCCGCAAUGCGGCUAACCCGCAAAUCUUUUGUGAAGCCAUCUCCAGAUCAACCCGGUUCAUGUGGUGGUGCUUCGUGGCGGCAGAUGAAGUCGAACAAGGGAAGGAGGUUGCGAUAGAGGCAGAGCCAGUGCAGAGCGAUGGCAAGGAGGAGCAGCUGAUGGCAGCCAAGCUCCCAGCUGCAGCAGAAAGCAAAGAAAGCUCCUUGCGCUCAAGGCGCCAGAAGCAGGGGAUGCUGACGGUGAAUGUGGAUGAUGCACCAGACCGAGCCCGCGCAGUGAUCUUCUCUCCAGGGCCUGCCAUGGUGAGAAUGCGCAGCGACAACACCUUCGCCGAUGCGAACAUAGGCACAGAUGCUUUCGAGGUGCGAUCCUGGCGAUCCUCAAGCACGAUCAGGAUGGACUCUGAAGAGCCUCGGCGCAAGACCUCGCGUGGCUCGCCCACGUCGCCCACCACGCCUACCACGCCCACCUCGCCCACCUCGCUUGGCAUGAGCUCGCCCACGAGCUCCUGGCGCAUCUCGCACGCCAGCACGCGCGAGGAUUUGGAGAGACUUAAGGUGCCCGUGAGCGAGCGCAGCAAAGACUCGGUGGCCGUCAACCUGGGCAUCGGCGCCAAGGAUGAUUACACCAUGGAGGAGGAGCUUGGCGUGGGCGGGUUCGGCAGUGUCUACAAGGCCACCAGCAAGAAGGACUCCAAGACCGUUGCGGUCAAGAUCAUCCCCCGUGGGCGUUUACACUCCGAGGAGACCUUCCAGGAUGAGCUGCGGGUGGCUCGCAGGUUGACCCACCCGAACAUCGUGAAGCUCUACGCGUCCUAUGAGGAUGAUGAGAACUAUUACCUGGUCAUGGAGUUCUGCAAAGGUGGCACAUUGGCUAAGUACGUCAGCGGCAAGACUGUUUCCAAAGAUGAUCUUGGCAUCUGGUCUGUGGGCCUGGACGCCGAGCUCAUUGCGAAGUACGCCUGGCAGAUGCUCUCCGGCAUCGCGUACCUGCACUGCAUGUCGGUGGUGCACCGCGAUAUUAAGCUGGAGAACUAUAUGCGCGUGAAGGAGUCCGACGGGGCAAACCUGAAGCUUAUCGACAUGGGCCUGGCGACCAGGAUCAAGAAGAACCGGCGGUUGCAUGAGCGUGUGGGCACUUUGAUGUUCAUGGCGCCCGAAGUGCGCAAGAAAGACUACGACGAGAAAGUCGACAUUUGGGGCAUUGGCAUGGUCUUGUACAUGUGCGCGGUUUGCAUGGACCCUUGGUUCACUGGCAAUGACCACAGAGCGAUGAACGAGGAGGAGAUCUUGGACUCGCUGGAGGAUCCGAAGCUCCAGAUAAAGUAUUACGACUGGCGCUGGCAACUGAAGGAGCAUGAGGUGCGGGCUCUAGUUGAGUGCCUUCUGGUCGUGGAUCCUCAAACGCGGCCUGGAGCACGAGAGGUGCUUCAAAAAAACGCCUGGCUCAAGACGGUUGGCAGAGACGGCGACGCUUGCUGCUGCACGGUGUCCUAG